AUGCUGCUUUUACCACUCUUGCUGGUUUUUCCUUCUUUGUUAGGAUUGUUGUUUGCCACACAAAACAGCGCUCUCUAUCGAUAUCCAACAGGCCGUGCUUCGUUUGGUAAAUUCGAGUGCGAUCCUUUCUACUUGUCAUGGGCAGAGAAACUUACAUCAUUCAUGGUGGAAGAUAAGUUGGACUGCACUUUCCUUUGUGUUGGUGAACCAAAGUGCUAUUCGUUCAAUAUAGCAGUGUAUCCUGACUCCAAAGGUCUUUAUCUGUGUGAGUUAUUGGCCACAGACAAGUACAGAGAGGCUGAAAAGGUUCGUGCAAAUGCUACCUUCCAUCACUGCAGUCCGUUGGUAAGAUCUCUUCAUAUAUUUGGUGCUUAACACUCUUCGUAUUUCUUAAAAUAUAAACUGAAUGAUUCAAGGAAUGUUUACUUUGUUUCUAGUCUCAAUGUGAAAGCGCUCCUUGUAAGAACGGUGGUGUCUGUGUUCCUGAAUAUGAAAGGAACUCCUAUCACUGUGAUUGUCAGCCUGGAUACAGUGGAACUCACUGCAAACGUGGAGGUAUUCAAUUCACUUUUUUCUCUUCGAAAUGAGAGGUACAAACUCUAAAGUAGAAGUCAUACGAAGUAGAAGUCAUACGGUCGUCGUUAAUUAUAUCUAAAUGUCAUUGAAAACUUUGUGCAACUGCUUCCAUCUACAUGUAUAGUGUCCUCCAACAUUUUUCCAAUGUGAAAGGUGAUGAAAAGUUCGACCUAAGUCGGCCGGUUUCUUCUUCGUAUCCAUGGAAAUAAAACUUUUGAGAGAUCAAAUUAUAUAAUCUCUCAAAUGGCUUCUCACGACAUCACUUCUCUUUUUCGGCAAGAGCAGGGAUAAUCAUUUGGGAAAUAGUCUUUUUUUCGUGUCUUUUUGUUUUUCAGGAAAACGAACCUGCAGUGACAUCAAACACUCCUACCCUGGGACUCCAAGUGACUCUUACGUCAUCGAUCCUGAUGGAGAGGGCGGAGUGAAACCUUUUAAAGUCUAUUGUGACAUGACUAACAAGGGCGGGAUAGGAGUGACAGUUGUCAGUCACGACAGUGAAAGCAGAAUGCUGGUGGAUGGAUUUGGUGGCCAAGGCCCCUAUUCUCGCUCCAUCAACUACACGGAGGCUGAUAUGGCUCAACUUGCGAACCUAACAGCUUCAUCAGCUCACUGUGAGCAGUUUGUAAAGUACGAGUGCUACCACUCAGUGCUCCUCUACAAUGGUUAUAUGUACGGCUGGUGGGUGUCACGUGAUGGAGAGAAGAUGAAGUACUGGGGAGGAGUUGAUUCUGUUGAUUACAAAUGCGCAUGCGGCUUGAAUAAUACAUGUGCAAACAUUAACUACGGAUGCAACUGCGACAAAAAUGACCACCAAUGGCGAGAGGACAGCGGCUUCCUUACAGACAAGACAAAGCUUCCAGUGAAGCAACUGAGGUUUGGAGAUACUUAUGGUGAUUUUGAAAAGGGAUACCACACCCUUGGAAAGCUCAAGUGUUUUGGACUCAUUUAAAAAAAACUGAAAAGUGCACUUUAACUAUAUACCCGCUAUUUGCUGACUCACCUCAUCUAUGGCUGUAAACUCUAAUGCUUUACAUUUGUAAAAGCGGUUUGCAAAUUUUCGCAAAGGAAAUUGAUGGAUACAUUUGAGUAGGAAGGUGAAAAGAAAACCUCGUUUUAACAUGUAUUGCGUUCUUAAUAAAAUUAAGCAUAACUUUAGGCGUUGAAGGCCCAUUUUUACU